AUGGAACCAGAAGAUACCCAGCUGAAAGAGGACAUUAAAACCACAGUAAAUUACAUAAAGCAGCAUGGUGUUGAGUUUGAGAACAAACUGCUAGAAGAUGAGAGAUUCUCAUUCAUCAAGAAAGAUGACCCACUCCAUGAAUACUACACCAAACUCAUGAAUGAGCCAACAGACACUGUCAGCGGUGAAGAUAAUGACAGAAAGAGUGAGCGAGAGAUAGCAAGGCCGCCGGAUUUUCUGUUCUCUCAAUAUGAUACUGGAAUAUCCCGAAGAGACAUGGAAGUAAUCAAAUUGACAGCACGCUACUAUGCAAAGGAUAAAAGUAUUGUUGAACAGAUGAUUUCAAAGGAUGGUGAAGCCAGAUUAAACUUUAUGAACAGCUCACAUCCGCUACAUAAGACAUUCACUGAUUUUGUCGCCCAGUACAAGCGAGUAUAUUCUUUUACUGGUCAAGAAAUCAAGAAAAGUAAGAGAACCAUUUUAGAUAAUUGUUUUGAGAGAACACAGUAUUGGGAAUUUGAGAAAGAUAAAGACCGGGAACAUGAUAAGCUCGUAGAGUUGUGCAAAAUACAAUUUGCAGCCAUUCCAUGGGAUAAAUUUACUCAAGUGGCAAAAUUUUCUAUCCCUGAAGACACAGAAAUCUUCGAAGGCUCUCUAGAUUUAGAACAGAUGAGGCUGCGAAGAGUACAAACUGGUAUUAAGUUAUUCGAUAGUAUCAAGCCGACAAAUGAAGAAGAAAAGAUAGUAUCCGACCAAGGUAAGCAAAAAGGAGGAGAUAGUAAGGGCAAAAAGCGUAAAAUUAGAGCUGUGGGAGAGACAAGGUUAAAGAAAAGUAAAAAAUAA